AUGGCAAAGAUCAUAUUUUAUGAGGGCAGAAACUUUGAGGGCCGCUCCCAUGAGGUUACCUCGAAUCAGCCCGAUAUGCACUCUUACUUAAGCCGCUGCAACUCCAUCAGGGUGGAAAGUGGCUGUUGGAUGAUCUAUGAGCAGAGCAACUACUCAGGCUAUCAGUACUUCUUGAGGAGGGGAAGCUACUCAGACUACCAGCAAUGGAUGGGAUUCAAUGACUCCAUAAGGUCCUGCAUCCUAAUCCCACAUCCUAUGGAUAUCAGCAGGAUCCAAAUCUAUGAAAAGAAUGACUUCAGAGGCAGGAUGAUGGAGUUCAUGCGUGACUGUCUUUCCAUCUAUGAGGAAUUUCGUUUUGGAGAUGUCCAGUCUUGCCAUGUUUUUGAAGGUUGCUGGAUAUUUUAUGAGCAACCAAACUACCAAGGACGACAGUACCUCCUGAGACCCAGCGAGUACAGGAGAUUCACUGAGUGGGGAGCCACAAAUGCCAAAGUCGGGUCCUUGAGGCGUGCAAUGACCAGUACACUUCACUGUCGGUAA